AUGUCCAGACCAACUGUUAGGGAACGUAAGCCCAGGAUUAGGAGUAAUCCCAAACUGGUGGGAGUCCAAGGCAGAAAACUCUCGAGUUCCAAGAGUUCCGACAGCGAGCCGAGUGGUUCGAGGAAAUAUCUAAAGAAGAGUUUGCACAAAACCAAUAGCAACAGGGAUUCCAUUGAAACUCUGGGUGCGAUGCCCAGUGCAUCCAGUGUUCAGUUUCCAAACUGCAGUUCCUCGGAUAAUGGCUAUGAUGCGGGUGCGGAUACCGAUGAUGCCGGCGACGAUGGAAUGGAUGAGGCCGCCAUGAUGCAAUUGAGGUCUCGAAAGCGGCCCCAUAUCCCCUUAAACUCCUUCGUCCUUCCGGAACCGAUUCCUUCCCAUCGAUCUGGUGGAUUCCUUCGUCUCCUGGCCCGCAGCCUGCAUCAGUGUUCAAUGGGGAUCGCCGCCGGCUUUGGAUUGAGCCGACAGCAGGCCGCCUGGUACAAGAACUGCUGGCAAAGUCCGGGCUCCCAGCCAAAGGGUGUCCAUCUAAUGGGAAAUUUUUCCAAGAUCCCGGUUAAAUCGCGAAAAAUUGAAAGUUCAACCACUUUGUAAAAUCUUUUGUAUUCUAAAAACUUAUUCUUCCAAUGA